GAACGCUGGUGCUCCCAGCCACAUGGGUCCGGUUUGACCGACUCUGGUUCCCACACCUAGGGAUUGUAGAAGGCACUGACACACCACAGCCGUUCCUGUCGCCCCUGGACCACCUGGUGGACGUGCAGCGCAUGCUGCCGGGGAAGCUCAAGGAGGACGAGUUCGGCCCUGCUGUGCCCAUUCGGGAGUACUCCUUUCUUGACAACCCGCGGACACCCCAGGCGCUGCUCAAGUCAAAGCUCGCAGUGGAGCUGUGCAACGAAGGCUCUCCUGACUGUCCUCUCACACCAGACCCUCCUACUGACAAGAUCCGAAUAAAGAAGUCGCCACAGCAGAAUGAGCUCAAGCAGCACUAUCGCAGUACGCAGACGUAAAAUGGAUCGAGUUUUUCUUCGAUGGUGGAUUCGUUUGGAGGGUGGGAUGAUAAGGGAAUGGAGAAGAAGUUCAGGUGGAGGCUAAGGCAGUAUAUGGGCACGUCGUGCUGCGUGAAUGCACAGCCAGGCCAUAUCUGGUAUGAUUUCUUUAACGAUGAGAUCCCAGGGUGGAAGCCACGGCCACCUGCCAAUUGGACAGAGGACCACCCGCCAUGGGGCAAGGACCAGCCCGGUGCCUCAUGGGUAGCGCGGGCCCUGUGGCGGUGGUUCUCAUGAGGUGGCUCUAAUGCUACAUGGAGUGGACUGGCUAAUUGGACAGAGGACCGUCUGCCACAGGACCAACCCGGUGGGUUAUGACUAGCACAGGCGGUCUGGCGGUUGCUUUCUUGAGAAGCCUCAAGUGACACGCAAGGGGGGGAACC